GAGAAAAGGUCGACUAGUCAUUUUCUGAGAGAAGAUUAGUGUUUUGACUAUGUAUUUCUUGUAGGAUUUUAUUUAGCCUUUUAAAAUAUCUAACCCUAAACACUUUGCAAUUUUCAGAUCUACUAUUUCAUUACACGCACAAAUCAGAGACCAACACAAUCAAAAAAAAAAAAAAAAAAGAAGAGAUAAAGUGGGAGAAAGAAAGACAAACAACGAUUAUAGAGGUUCACCACCAAAUUACUGGAGCUACAUCCUCUUGAGCUCGCCUUAGAGGUGAUUGAGCUUGAAUCUGCACUAAAAUGAUGAACUAGUUACAAGAUCUUCUGAGAUUCCAGCCACAGCGAAUCAGCAAAGGUAAUCUCCUUUCUUUAUUCUUGUUUCUACAGUUCUAGCACUCAAUACACAGAUGUUCUCUCUGUUUCUUACAACUCUCCUCUCUUUCUUUUCUUUCUGCAGGUCUUUUCUCUCAACCUAAACACAAAGACUAGCUCUCGCUCAACUCCAAUAGUUUCUCAAGUUGUCAAGGAAAUGGAAAGAGGUGAUAUCAGUGGGGUCUGACUAGUCAUUUACUGAUAUCAAUGGAUGUUGAUGAGCUCUCCAUCCUCACCUCUCCGAAGAAGUACGCUGUGUUCAUUAGCUUUAGAGGCGAAGAUACUCGCAAAAGUUUUACUAGUCAUCUGCUUAAAGCACUCAUCAACAACAGAAUUGAAACCUAUGUUGACGAAAAACUUGAUCGAGGAAAGAAGAUCUCCAAAGAGCUUCUUAAUGCCAUCGACAACUCUAAAAUUUCUGUAGUCGUUUUCUCUGAAAAUUAUGCAUCUUCUUCUUGGUGUUUGGACGAACUGGUGCAUAUUAUCCAAUGUAUGAAGAAGGAAACACAGAUGGUUUUGCCUGUGUUUUACCACGUUGAUCCAAGUGACGUACGUUCACAAAAAAGAAGUUAUGCUGUUGCUUUUGAAAAACUUACUAAAGAAAGUUACAAUGAUGCUACCAUACAAAAAUGGAAGGAUGCUUUAACAGAAGCUGCUAACCUUUCUGGAUGGCAUGCAAUAAAUUAUAGGAAUGAAGCUGACUUAGUUGAUGUGAUUGUCCAAUGUAUACGAUGUAAGUUUGACUUAGUCGAUGAGAUUGUCAAUUAUAUACGAGCGAAGAAUAUUACCGAUAUAUAUAAAUAUAUAUAUAUAUAUAUUAUUCUUUGAAUCUAGCUAAAUUUCGAGAAUGUUUUAUUUGCCAUUUUUUUUAUUGUUAUUGCAGUGUUGAUCAUAUUUUCGUAUUUUUAAAUCUCACGUUAUUUAUUGCA